AUGCUUCACAAAAUUCAACACGGGCACGACGCCCAUCACGACCACCACCACAUGCGCAACUCAACCGAAGCUCUCGAACAGGCCCGAGGCGAUGGCAAGCGCCAUAUCCUCCUCGCAGCCUCUGGUUCCGUCGCGACAAUCAAGCUCGUUCAGAUUAUAAAUGGUCUCAAAAUACAACCCAACAUAUCCAUCCGUCUCAUCCUCACUCGGUCAGCGUCGGAAUUCCUCUCUGGUCAAAGCCUUGAACAGCCCACUGUUGAUCAAGUCUCUCGCCUUCCGAAUGUCGAUGCUGUUUACACAGAUGCGCAUGAGUGGGCACAGCCGUGGAAGCGCAAUGCGCCGAUUUUACACAUUGAGCUUCGACGCUGGGCGGAUGUUCUGGUUAUUUCACCGUUAAGCGCGAACACUAUGGCGAAGAUUGUCAACGGCUUGUGCGAUAAUCUCUUGACGUCUGUGGUUCGAGCUUGGGACGUUACGGGCACUGUGGAUGGGGUUAAGAAGAAGAUUCUUGUCGCGCCUGCGAUGAACACGUGUAUGUGGAAUCAUCCCAUCACUGCGAGACAGCUGCGAGUUUUGGAGGAGGAGUGGGGAGGGGAGAAUGGUUGGUUUGAGGUGUUGAGGCCGAUAUCGAAGAAUCUGGCUUGUGGUGAUGUUGGAAAUGGAGCUAUGAUUUCGUGGGAGGAUAUUGUCGCCGCGAUUGAUGAGAAUAUCAAUUCUUAG